AUGUCAGACAACAUCGACGAUUUAGAUGCCCUCUUAGACGAGGCGAUGAAUAUUGUCGACAAACAGGAGAAAGAACACGAGGAAGAGGUCCGUUUGCGUGAUGCCAAGCUGCAGGAGGACCUUCAGCGCACGCUAGAGGAGACUUCAGGCUUCAACGGGGAUGAUAUGGCGAAUGGGGAUCCUUUGAAGAUGUUCCAAUCGAUUCUAGGGGCUGCAGGAUCUGGGGAAGACGAUGAUGCCUCAAUGGAAAUCUUAAAGCGCGACGUCGGUGCUCUUGUGCAGUCGCUCGAAGGUGUUGAGGGCUUAAAUGAGGAGGAUAAGGCUAACCUAGACCGCGUCCGGAACCUUAUGAAUGUGUUGGGUACUGACGACGACGCCCGCGUGCAGGAGCUGUUGGAGGAAAUGAAGAGCAAAGACCCGACACUCGAACUUGACAAACUCGACGUGGAGAACGCGAGCGUGGAUGACGUAAUGAAGCGCUGUGUGGAAUCCCUUCAGCAGCUCGCGACCGCCGCCGAAGGCCCUUUGAGCGAAGGCGCCGAAGCCAUCCCCGGCGCGGUCCCCAAAGAGCCCCUGGCAGCAGCGUUGAAUCCUCAAUCUAGCACGACGCCGGCUUCGUUGCCGCCAUCCCUGAAUAAUGAGCCGGAAAACGUUGCCAACAUGCUGUUCGAGACGAUCCUUAACCCGCAAUUUGUUGAGCCCAUUAAAUUGAUGCGCGAUUCCUACGGGCCGUAUCUGGCAGAUAACGCGUCCAAGCUUUCGGAGGCGGAUUUGGAGAGAUAUCAAGCGCAGCACGCCAUGGCGAAGCAGAUUUGUGAUUUUCUUGUUGUGCCCAUCGACAAAGAGGACCAUGAACGUGUUACACAAUUGCUAGAGUUUAUGUAUGAAUUUUCCAAACUAGGGGAGCCGCCAGCAGAGUUAACAAACUACGCCCCAAAUAAAAAAAUGGAAAGUUCAUAA